CUCAACUCAGCAACCACCAAUCCAAUGCUUCAAGGUACUAAGAAGGUCAAGAACACCAACUUAAACAACUUUAAGAUAACUAAGAUCAACAAAUCACACUUCAAAGCUUCAAGAAAGAUCACUCUAACUAAUUUUAACUAUCUUAAAAAACCUAUCAAUAAUAUGCUUCACACUUUUAAAACGAAUAACUCAAAAACUCUUAUAUUUCUUAAAACGACUAAUCCUUUCUUUCUUUUUUUUUAGAUGAAUCACAAAAAAAGAAAAACACACAAAAAAAAACCCCCCCCUUUUACUUCAUUUCCUUGAUCCCACCUCUUUACUUCGAUCACGCUCAACCCGGCUCAAAUCUCGUCAAGCCUUUCUCAUCCGAUUUUCAAUUAAGUUCCCAUUUAAUUCAAUAUUGCUUCCAUCCUGAUCACCUCACUUCAAUUUCCUCCCCACCUCUUUACUUCGAUCCAAUCUUAUUACCUAGUUUUAAUCAACAAGUCCUUCACCAAUUGAUCGAUUCCUUCCUCCCCUAUGCAAUCUUCAUCUCGAUCUUCACUUCCUCGAUUUGAAGGGUCUUUAAGUAAGUAACUAAUCAACCCAUCUUCACUCGGUCCGAUCGAUCUAUAUUUCGAUCUCAUCCCCUGAUCACCUCAACUUUCUCCUACCACCCUCAUUUAAAAGCUACAUUUGAGCUAUCAACUUUGACUUUUUUAUUGAUUCUCAAUUCAAUCUCUAAAUCUUCUUCUCAUCAAUCUCGUCCUAAAUUCAGUCCACUCAUUCAAUUCUUAUCUACUUUAUCAUUAAUCGAUGAUCAUCUUUUCCUCUCCAUCAAAACCAAGUCAACUUAUCAAACCACUAGACACUCUAUUAAACUUGAUAGACUCUACUCAACCUCAUCUCAAUUUGAAUAUCGAUUGAUCUCCAUCACGCUAUCGAUUUCAAUUUUGAUCUUGUUUGUCUCGGUCCACUUAUAAUUUAUUUCGAGUACUGAGGUUCUUGUUUCCUAGUUUAUUACUUUUCCAUCCAACUUUCAUUCAUUCAGCUCUCUUUAUAUUAACUUAACUUGUAAUUUAAAUAACAUGUGAUUUCUUUGAACUAGCUAAU